UACAGCUUGUGAUUCGUCAGUUCUCUUAUGUUUAUUCGCGUCGACAAUUGAAAACUUAGCAACAAUCUGACUGGUGGGAAUAACGUGUUUUCCUGGAACUUCCGUCAACUACCGUCGCCUCCAGUCGCCUUUCAGCUCUCAACAAGGUUGCUCAGUUGCUCUCAGUAGGUGCUCGUGGAUGGUGAUUCCUUGACGUUUCUCAAGUUCCAACGGAAAGUAGAAACCGCGGCGUUUAAUUUUGACUGUCUACUGUGAUCUCGUUAUGUUCGAAUAAUAAUUAAAAGUAAAUAUACUGUAUUUUUCAAAUACAUUCACUAGCCGUUCUUUACAUCCUGCUGUCUAGAAUGUGCGAAUGUUCUCAAAACGUCCUUUGUAAGAAACUGUACAAAAACAAGUAUUUGUACUUUAACGGUCGAUGAAUGAACAUUAAUGUAAACAAAGAAUCGAUGAAGAAAACUGCUGCUACUCUCGUGAUUAAGGAUUAUUAGUUACCGAGAAAGAAAAAUUAUAAAAAUGGCAACACAAGCAACAGUACCAGGCAAAUCAAGAAUCGAUGGCCCUGUAACAAAAACAUUAGUUGAUAAUACGAUAGACAAGCUUCCUACUCAGAAACCGCGUGUAGAGUGUGAUGACUGUGAUUUGUCUUUCAAGAAUCAGGCAGUAUUAGAUACACAUCUACAAGGAGCUCGACAUGCUAAACAAGUACAGAUAAACACCAUAAUGGCUUCGCUGGAAGAGUCUAAAGUUGCUUUCACAAAAGAUGAAGGAACAAACCGCUUCACAUGUGAUAUUUGUAAUGUGUGUUUGAAUUCAUUACAACAGCUUCAAACACACGUAAAUGGAAAUCGUCAUAUGAAAAAUAUUUCAGGAGGUAACACACGUGGACCACAAAAGGUCAUAUUUUAUAAAUGUGAUAGGAAGAACAAGGAACCUGUCCGAGAAGCUGCUCUUCCACCUUUUCCAGCACCUGUUACGACAGCUGGUGUCUCAGCACCCACAAAGACGGUUACAUUGGCUUGUAAACGUUGCAACAAAUUGUUUAACACCCAAGCCCAAUACAAUGUGCACGUGACCUCGAAAGAGCAUGUCGACAGAAUGAAUGGAUUCACAGGAAGAAAUCAGAAAAGGAAGCGAUUUACGCCCUAUUGGAAAAAAGCAAAACCAGGUCAAGGUUUUCAAGGACUCGUCCCACACAGAUACCUCGAAAUUUUUCCGAUGGCGGAUAUGCGCAUUAUACGUAAGAUAGGUUGAAAUCGCUAUCCCCAACAUUUGAAAUUAUCUCAUCGAUAUUUUUCCGUAGAUUAAAACUUCCUAGACUUAUAAUUUGUACAUUUCCUAACCAAACGUAUCGAAAAGGUAUUAUUUUAAAUGGUAUAUGUGGCAGAACUAGUGCACAUUAAUGUACAUUAUUAUUACAAAUCGACGUCCUUCACGAUCGUUCAAUAAAAAUAUGAAAGAAGG